GCUUAAUAAAGAGGAUAAGAAAAUUUUAAAAAAUAAAGAUAUUAGAAUUUGAAGGAUAAAAUCAUGGUUGUUAAAAAUAGUGACAUUAGUAAUCAUCAGAUGGGGAAUUUGGUCAAAAAAGCAAUUGUUCAAGCAAAGUUUGAGAAGAGAUUAAUUUUAGGCUUAUCGCAAGUUGUUAAAUAUUUGAUGGAAGGCUAUUCAGACAUUCCAACAAUUUGUUUAAUUGCACCACCAAAGCAAGGUGAUUUUGCCACACAUAUGCAGGAAGUACUGCUGCAAGCUUAUUGCUUAGAAAAUGGCAUUAACACAGUUUAUAUUGAUUGUGCUGAUAAAAUAAGCCGGAUACUUAGACUUCCCACAACUGAGUCUUGUGCAUUAAUAUUUGCAAAUGCGGCAGGUGAUUUUGACUGUGAAGGAACCUUCUUAGAUGAGGAUUAUCACUUAACAAAAAUUGAGAAAAUGAUUGUGAAUUAUUGUGAAGAGCAUUGGGACGAAGAUGAAUAUUCGACAAUUAGACUUCCUGAAAAGUGAAGGAAAGUCAUGUGAAAAUUUUAAGUGUUUUAAUUAUGACUGAAAAAAAUCAGCUGUUGAUAACGAUAGCACAAAAAUAAGAGGCUCGACGUACAAUGAAUCACGAGAAUGAAAAUAAAACCAACCGUUUGCAGUAUUCCAGUUAAAACCUGAUAUUUAUCAUAAUUGAGGAUUUUUAAUGAAGUGAGAGAAUGUAUUGAUAAGGAAUAUAACAUAAAUGAAUCACAAUAUUGUGUAUGCCUUAAUAAAGAAGCUACUUUUUAAUGAA